AUGAACGCCGACGAAGGUGGAGAUCCCAAAUCGAUGGCUCCGAUAAAUGGUGAACACUAUCCGGAGCCAACUGCGACCGCGACUCCGGGUAAGAGGAAGCGUUCGACUCAGGACGAGAAUUCAGCUGUCGAGCCUGCUUCCUCUACGUCGCGCGAGAGUAUCAAUCUCCACGAGACUUUGAAAACUCUUGUUAACCUUCUUUUGAAGCAUGACACCGAACUUCAGCUCCUUUCCUGUCCCUUUGCCACGUCCGCAGCCAAGCCUCGGGCGAAGCGCGCCAAAACAUCUGGUGACCAAGAGACAUCCAGCAUUCAGACACGGGUUGAAUUGGGUCAUUACAACACCCUGCAGGAAUUCCUGGCCGACAUUGAGCGGGCAUCCACUGCGGUAAUUGAGCGUAACCAGAACCAGACAAAUGGAGCAAGUGCCGAAGGCGCACCUGUAACAGAGGUGGUCAAUCGCAUUGCGGCUUUUAAGAAGCACAUGAACAGCCUCGUCGGACAAUCUUUUGUCAAUCAGACUGAUGUCAAGGCAGAGACACCAGACGACGAUGACGACGAUCAGCUCCAGUCUACAGUUUCAUAUGUCGGCGCUCGCGAGGACAAGCAAGCCUUGACUCUGUUCGGUGGGAAUCAAUCACACCCAAAACAGUUAUUCUCCAGUCUGCAAAAGUCCAUCAAGGUACCACUGCCAUCUUCUGAGUUUGGCGCAGAGAAGUUUGUGGAGGUGCAAGAACCACUUCGUGAAGGUGGACUGCCUAAUGGCAUUACGACUACUCGCGUGGUGCCUUAUAAUCUUGAUUCCACUGCUCCAAAGCCUAGAACAUUUGGUGAAGUUUUUGCACCACGUUCAGGCUUACCUCCUGCGGAACCUCGGAAACGAAAUAGUCGAAGCGCAGUCACCUGGAUUGAUCCAUUCGAUCUCGUCCUUGACUAUAAAAAUUUCUCCGGGGAUCGCAGCAAUACCAAUCUUGUACCCCUUCCCUCAGGACAAUGGUUGCAAUAUGGUGGCGUCACCUCAUCACCAUCAUAUUGGUCUCGGGUUGAAAAGCAUAAUGAAGAUGCAAACACUGGUUCCAAGUACGGAGACCCUGCUCUCUGGAGUGGUGACGACUCUUCUCUUCUACAGGGUGUUUACUCAUCGUUUGCCCCCUCUUUCGACAGUUCAGGUGCCGUCUUGCAAGCGGGAUCAAAAAACAUGGUCUGGUGGGGCCAACGAGGUGCAAGGCGUUUGCGUACUUUGCUCUCUCUUCAAUCUCUAGAGAAGGCACCAGACGAGGUGGAUCUCGAAGCCAUCGAUAAUAUCGAUGAAAGCACCCUUAAUGAAAUGGUCGACUCGAUGAAACCGAAAGACUAUGCUGAAUAUCUUGCUCAAAACGAAGUCGCAUCCGAAAAAUCUCUGGAAUCUCGAGGCAUCGACGAAGUUCUCGCAGAGGUUUCCGACUUGCUGGAGACCCUGGGUUCAUACCAAAACAUCCGCAGAACCACUAUCCCUUCUGUCAAUGAGAAUACCGAAUCAAAUGAUUCACCUGUACCAGAUUUCGAUGAUCCAGACACUCCAUCCGAGGCUGAGAUCGCUGUUUACGAAAACUUGAGAUCAAAACUUGUUUCCAUAAUCAGCAGCUUGCCUCCGUAUGUCGUUUCAAAGGUGAAUGGUGAUCAAUUGGGAGAGUUAAACAUCAGCCAAAAGAUCAUCAUAGAAAGCCCUGAUUGGAAGGGCACAAUGGAGAAAGAUGACCACACCCUUCAUCAAGAGCGUGCUGCGGCCAUCGCUGCUCAGGCUAAUGCCGCCAAUCGUGCUUCAACGCCAUCAUCCACUCGACCCAAUAGUCUCCAAGCGCCUCACUCCACAUACAACCAGCGCUCUUUCAAUGCAAACGCUCGUUUGCCCCAAUCCCAGGGGGCUUUCCAAGUUCCCCCACAAGCCCGGCAACCCUCAUCAACCGGGUCAUUCACUCCCCCUUAUGCAGGAGGUCGUGCACCAAGCACUCCUUCCCAACGCCCUGGUUAUGGCUCUCAGUUUGCGCAAACAAAUUCGCAAUAUAGUCAAGCCAACAACGUACCACAGUUCCAGCGUCCCACUUCCAAUGGAUAUACCCCCCAGCCUUACACUCCACGACCCGGGCAAGCAGCUGCAUACAAUGCCACUCCUCAGGGACGUACUCCCAGCGCUGCAGCUGCCCCGGCUCAACGAUACCAACACGCAAAUCAAACCCCAUCACAAACAUAUUCAAACAGCACUACCACCGCAGCGUAUGCUCGCAGUGCCAUUGAACAAGCUACUAUAAUCGAUCGGAGUAAAGCAGCUCAUCCACAACUUGAAGCUCGCCAUUCCCAAGAGGGAAGCUUGACACCAGGAAGCAAGCAGAGCGGCACUCCCAUACAGUCAUAG